AUGAUUAGCAGUGGGAAAGUGAGGGGAAAAAACGCCACAACUUGGCACCGUUCCUGGAAAGCUCAGGCUGUGUCAGAUCACCGGGCUGAGCAGAUACCUCAGAAGACUUACCAAGGAUGGGACUUUCCCGGAGAGGUUUAUGUUUAUGAGGAAUUCAUAAUAUUUGCAGAAGUGAACAGUUUUAGCUGGAGAAAGAAGCCCAAGGCGGAACCCCAAUCUACUUCGGAGGCUUCCUCCUCUUCUGCCCCCAAGCCUAAGGGGGUGCCCUUCGUGGAUAAACAUCGGGAGGCACUGGUGAACCGAUGUGCCUUGGUGGAUCCCAUCCUGGAUGGUCUCCUCUCCAAAGAACUCCUGACUACUGAAGAAAAUGACACCAUACGAGGUGAGAGGCCUGCCCAGAACCAGAUGAGGAAACUCUUCCAGUUCAUCAGGGCCUGGUCUGACUCUGACAAGCAAGCAUUCUAUCUGAUCUUAAAGGAGAAAAAUCCUCGUCUGAUCGAAGAUCUGGAGCAGUCCUAAACUGUUUCUGAAGAAUAUAUCGUCAACGUAACGCCAUCUACAGUGAUACUUACAGGAU